AUGUCAGGCUCUUCUUCGCCUGGAGCAUCCUCUACAGGGGCUCAGGGUGUCGUGACAGGUAUCAAUAACAUCACUACCCCGAGAAACGCAAUGGAGAAAUUCACUUUCACUCUAGGCAAGCUCGAUGCAGGCAUGGCCAUUCUCCUUGGCCCAAAUGCUCAUUUACUCGAGUUCCCAUCUCUACUUCUUCCCACUCCAGGACCAGGUUCACCUCCCCUUCGACCAGGAUCCAUUCUUACCAUCACCGUCUCGAGAGACGUAGCCGCAGAGCAGAAGGCUCAAGGAGAAUUUGACAAGUUGCAGGACGCGAUCCUAGAGGCAUUCACCAAACCACCGAGAAAACCUGUCUUGAGAUUACGGAAUGUCACGCAAACGACUGUAUCGCUAGAAUGGGACAAGAUUGAUGUUGGAAGUGCAGACUUCAGAGGUUUGGAGAUGUAUAAGAAUGGACAGAGAUGGGGCCGUGUAGGUGGUGAUUAUGGCAAGAGGGAAAAGAGGGAAUGGAAGACUGGAGGACUGCAGAGCGCCGAGGAAUAUACUUUUCAGCUGGUCUUGAAGACAACGGCUGGUACCCAUCUAUCGGAAGUAGUCAGGGUCAAGACCCACACAAUGGACAAUCUGACUGGCCUGUACAUCCACUUCGGAGCUAUCCAACCGCCAUCCCUUCUCAAGCAGCUCAAGGCGUGCCUUCAGGAUAUUGGGGCGAGGGAGUCACCAUCCAUGGCUUUGGAUACUACGCAUUUCGUAUGCACCACUCCGAUUAUCGGAGGCGAUGAGCAAGGGCAAGGGGGAGCCGUGGACCCAGAUUAUCAGGAAGCUUUAAAGGCGAAUCUGCCAGUGGUCGGACCAGACUGGCUCCUUGCUGUCGCGAGGGAUAGGAAACUCGUCCCGAUCUCUGGCUAUUUGCUCCCACCACUUCAGGCUGAAAAUGCUGAAUCAUCCACCGCUCCAGCUAUCUUCAAGCGACCCGAACCUCUGAAGCGGACGUCCUUGCCCUUCACCUCCCCAGCCCCUUCUUCACCGAUACGCGAGAGACCUGAAGAAAUUCGAAGAGCCCCGAGCCCAGAGACCAUCGCGAGGAUGAGCAUGACUGGAUCAACAUCUACGAGACCCAACGGAAGCAACGGAGGAGAACCAUCACUUGAUCGCAGGCCUAGUCGAGAGAAUAGCCUGUCAUCGAAAUAUAGCGGGGAGAGUCCCACGGCCCGAUCCGCAAGUCGGUCGAGUCAGCGGGAAGAUUCUGGUCGACCAAAGAGUCCAAAGCCAGAAGCGGACGGCAAGCUGGAUAGAUCAUUCAAGUUCCCACUGAAGGGUCAUGUGUCAUCACCCACGUCUCCUACGGCCGUUAUUACAGGCGGGAUAUCUACAAGUCCGGUCACUUCUCCGUCGCAGCCUUUGGGAUCCACAACAUCAUUCCAAUCUCCGUCAUCCACCGCACCGAUAUCGAACCCCAAUGCUCCGGCGGUGCCGCCAGCGGCGGUCAUUGGUCCAGGAUCGACCAUCGAACCUGUGAAUACGGACAUAUCAGUGGAUGACAGCCGACUGGAUGCCGAACCGAGUCCUGGAACGCCUCGUGUGACUCUGACCCCACCUCAAGAUUCACACGAGGUCUUCAAUGAACCGGUCACUAUCCAUGAAGAGUCUACCGAAGCUCUCAAGAAGGCUGCUCCAGGAGACGUAUCGGGCAAUCACGCCAACACGAUCGAUGAUGCUAUCGCGAGCUUUCAUGAUGCCGUCGGACACGGAGUGAUAAAAACACCCGAGCCGAACACGAUAGAAGACAGCACGAAGACCAAGGUGGAUGCAGAGGCAGCAGCGGCGCCCGAACCAUCUAUCACCUCAGAGUCUAAUCCAGCGAAUGGAAAUCACACGUCUCAAUCGGCAAAUGGUUCGAAUGAGGUCAAUAGGUCUGCGGACGAACCCGAGUCACCGAUACCUUUCCGCCGUCAUUCCGUCUCGUUCAAAGACAAAGCUGUAGUCGAAAAGCAGCUUGAAGAGCUGCCAGAUUUUGAUCAGGAGAGCGAAGGCGUGACGAUGGACGAGAUAGAUCUGAAUUAA